UUCAUGGCGUAUUUAAUCGCGAGCAGCAGGGAUGAGUGAGUUUCCUGUCAAACCCAGACGAGGCAGAUCAGCUGAAGGCUCUCUGGCGCGUCUGAAAAUUCUGUUCUAAAGCCAUAUAACGGGAUAUUACAGUAAUAAAGAGGAUAAGGUACCGUUUUUAUCGCGUUUUAAGGGAGCUGUGAAUCGAAGUGGAGUUAAAUUGUCGUCUUUGGCUAACUGGCUAAUGCUAGCUAUCUGGCUGUCAUUAGAAAAACAAAAAAUUUAAAGCGGAAGCGUGACGUACUGGAUUACGAAAGCGGAAGUGCACAUUUUCGGUCUGAAAGCAGGUUUCUUUGUAGAAACGGAGGGAUGGAUGGAGACGAAAGAGCAACUUCUGAAAGGAUUCUUCUGGAACCGUACAAGUACUUGUUACAGCUGCCAGGAAAACAAGUCCGAACGAAACUCUCGCAAGCGUUCAACCACUGGCUCAACGUCCCAGAGGACAAGCUUCAGGUGAUCAUCGCGGUGACGGAGAUGCUGCACAACGCCAGUCUGCUGAUCGAUGACAUUGAAGACAGCUCUAAUCUGCGGCGUGGUUUCCCGGUGGCCCACAGCAUCUACGGCGUGCCGUCGGUCAUCAACUCCGCCAACUACGUCUACUUCCUGGGUCUGGAGAAGGUGCUGACGCUGGAGCACCCCGAGGCCGUGCACGUCUUCACCCGUCAGCUGCUGGAGCUGCACCGCGGUCAGGGUCUGGACAUCCACUGGAGAGACACCUACACCUGCCCCAGCGAGGAUGAGUACCGCGGGAUGGUGCUGCAGAAGACCGGUGGCCUCUUCGGUCUCGCCGUGGGCCUCAUGCAGCUCUUCUCCCACUGGAAACCAGACCUAAAGCCGCUUCUGGACACCCUGGGGCUCCUCUUCCAGAUCCGAGACGACUACGCCAACCUGAACUCGACGGAGUACAGCGAAAACAAGAGCUUCUGCGAGGAUCUGACGGAGGGCAAGUUCUCCUUCCCCACUAUACACGCCAUCUGGUCGCGUCCCGAGAGCACGCAGGUGCAGAACAUCCUCCGGCAGCGCACGGAGAACGUGGAUAUCAAGCGCUACUGCGUGGAUUAUCUGGAGAAGGUGGGCUCGUUCGCUUACACCCGUCAGACGCUGCUGGAUCUGGAAGCCGAAGCCUAUCGCUUGAUCGCAGAGCUCGGAGGGAAUCCAGAGCUAGAGGCUCUGCUGAAGCAUCUGAGUCGCAUUUAUAAAGAACCUGGGGGCGGAGCUUCAGCCGGCCAAUCGAGAGAGCCCGGGGGCGGAGCCUCAACCAGCCAAUCAAAACACUGACUUCCCCCUGUGAAUAAACUGUGCUGUUAUUUCGACUCCACUGCAGUUGCCUUCAGUCUCGUGUUUUUGUCUCGUUCACAUUUCGGAGCGCUGUAGGUGAAAUAUUGAAGUGUAACAGAACUUGACUGGCGCCUCUCUAGUCUGCAAUAUUUGGUCAAGAUUUGUGUACUGUAAUCCGUGGACAAAUGCUGCUCGUUUAAUUAAAUAAUAACCGUAAACAAACAGUCAGAUAAAACUAACAUUUAAUGUUUAAACCAUGUCUGUCAUAUCACCACAAAAUCAAAGCAAAAACAUUGUUUUCCUUUACCAUUUUCAUGACUAUAUUAUUAUUAUUAUUAUUAUUAUUAUUACUACGACUACAAUAUCUGUGAGAUGGAACAAACAUUUAACUUAUGCAAUUUCACUAACAAUUUAAAACUAAUUAUUUUGCUUUAAAACAACCAUGUUUUGCUUUGUGCAAUUAUUUUCAUGACUGUAGCAUCUAAUAUAUAAAUAUUAUUACUAUUAUUAUUAAUGAAGCAGUAAGCGUUAGAUAAUCUUUAUCUAUUUCAUAUAUAUAUAUAUAUAUAUAGCCUGGAUGUGUUUAAACCAGCAUAUAAUAUAGGUCACUAAUAGAGUGAAAAUUAGUGAUAAUCACUCAAUGGAAAUAAUUGAAAUAUCAAGGAACACAUUAAUAUGAAUUUUGAGGCAGCAUAUUCUCAGCAUGAUAUUCUCACAGGAAAGAAUACAAAUAAACCAUUAAAACUCUCUCUUUUUUUUUUUUUUUUUUGAUUAUGAUUUUGGGGUGAAAUGUGACUGAUGGUUCUGGGUGAAAUUUCUCAUUAAGAUUAACAUGACUGCCUUCCUCAAAAGUCCAAAUAGUGAUGUGUCUGGACCUUGUGCUGAAUCUGUGGACGCUUUAACACUCCUCAAGUCAAGUUAAUGUCCUCCACAUUAUAGCAUUUUACUUUAAGGAAAUUAAGACAAAAUUAUGGUUCUUUAUUUUUUCCUUUAGUAUUUUCAUGACAAUUAUUAGAAUUUAUUUAAAUGUCAUUAUUAUUACUACUUCAAUAUCUGUCAGAUGGAACAAACAUUUAACUUUUAUACAAGUUCAUGUUUACCUCUGAACAAAUAAAUAGUUGUGUGUGCAUUUAUCAGAUUCAUUCUGUAUAAGUAAUGUUUUCUUUUGGAUGUUUUCUUUUUUUAAUAACUAUUCUAUUCAUAAACACUCUUUCAUACACUUCA